AUGUAUAAAAAUAAAAAAAAUAUAAUUUUAUCUUUGUUGGUUUUAAUGAAUCAUUUAUUAUUAUUAUUUUUAAUAUUUUUUACUUUUUUUUGUUUUUUUAUAAUUUUUAUAUAUUUAUUAAUUAUUAAUAUUAUUAUUAUUAUUAUUAAUUAUUUAUUAUUUAUAAUUUUUAUUUUUAUUUUUAUUUUUAUUUUUAUUUUUUUUUUAAUUAGUUUUUUGUUUUUUUUUUGUUGUUGUUGUUGCAACACUAUUCAACUAGUUGUGUUUGGUUAA